CCAAUAGGAAGCGAGUGGGCGGGACCGCGCUGCCGGUCGGGCGGGGCCGGCCAAUGGGGCGCGGGGCGGCCAUGGCGGCGGUGCCGGUGCUGGCGCUGCUGCUGCUGCUGGCCUGGAGCGGGCCGGGCGCCGCGGGGCAGAAGCGGAAGGAGAUGGUGUUGUCAGAAAAAGUGAACCAGCUAAUGGAGUGGGCGAGUAAAAGAUCCGUUAUUCGAAUGAAUGGAGAUAAAUUUCGACGCCUUGUAAAGGCACCGCCCAGAAAUUACUCGGUGAUUGUGAUGUUCACUGCUCUUCAGCCUCACAGACAGUGUGUUGUGUGCAAGCAAGCUGAUGAGGAAUACCAGAUUCUGGCAAACUCCUGGCGAUAUUCCAGUGCAUUUACCAAUAAGAUUUUUUUUGCUAUGGUAGAUUUCGAUGAAGGCUCAGAUGUAUUUCAGAUGCUAAACAUGAAUUCUGCUCCAACCUUCAUUAACUUUCCUGCUAAAGGCAAGCCUAAACGGGGUGACACAUACGAACUUCAGGUGCGUGGCUUUGCAGCUGAACAGCUUGCUCGUUGGGUGGCUGACAGAACUGAUGUCAAUAUUCGUGUGAUAAGGCCACCAAACUAUGCUGGACCGUUGAUGCUAGGACUGCUGCUGGCUGUCAUCGGAGGCCUUGUAUAUUUGCGUGGAAGCAAUCUGGAUUUUCUGUAUAACAAAACUGGCUGGGCAUUUGCUGCUUUGUGUUUUGUGUUAGCAAUGACAUCAGGCCAGAUGUGGAACCACAUUAGAGGUCCACCCUAUGCUCAUAAGAAUCCCCAUACAGGACAAGUGAACUAUAUCCAUGGGAGCAGUCAGGCCCAGUUUGUGGCAGAAACACACAUUGUUCUUCUGUUUAAUGGUGGUGUUACUUUAGGAAUGGUACUUCUCCACGAAGCUGCUACUUCUCACAUGGAUGUGGGGAAAAGAAAAAUUAUGUGUAUUGCUGGUAUUGGCUUGGUGGUGUUAUUCUUCAGCUGGUUGCUGUCUGUCUUCAGGUCUAAAUACCAUGGCUAUCCAUACAGUUUCCUAAUGAGUUAAAGGAUUCCAGAAUCUGUACCUUCAGAAAGGUGGCAACUGAAAUUGUGUGUAAUGGAAUGGAAGAGCUGAAUACGUAUGGUUCAUGCUACCUCUUUACACUGAAUGAGAUAGUUAAACACUGAACCAAAGAAGACAUGUAGUGCCUUAAAUAUAACAAGCAAUUUGCUCUGAAGGACACAAGAGUAUUAAGAUGCAAUCUCUCUUUCAUAAGCUUUACAUCUUCUUAAACAACUCUCCUUCUAGUGAAAUUCAGAACUUAAUGCUUAGAACUAUAUUUCUGUAGGCUAACUAGAAACAGUACUUUACGUUCAAUUGGAUAAUCUGUUUACCAUGUGGGUUUUUUCCCCCUCAAAUAUGCACAAACAGAAAAUAAAGUGAUAAAUAGCAGGUGACGAUAGCUUUUCUCUCAUGCCUUUUUAAGUUUGAGAAAACAUCUUCAUAUACCUAGAAAUGUUUUCCUUCAGUCUGUGUGCAACCCUUGGAGAAUACUUAAGAUUGUGGUGUGGAAUGUGCAUAUCCUAGAGCUGUAUCUCAUUUUUGAAUACUGAACUGCUGUAUGAUGCAAGGGGUUGUUUCACAGAUGAAGGGAGAAUUUUCAACAAGUGGAACUGGGUUAUUAAUUCAGUUAUUCAUUUAAAAACUUUCCUUUGCUAAAUGCUGAAACUGCAGCAUUUAAAUUGUGAAUGUUGGCUUGGAGCUGGAAAAAAUUGUUCUUAUACUGUCCAACAUUCACACUCUCAAAAAUACCAGAUUUUUGGUCACUAUGUAAGUUUCUGUGUUCUCCAUUUAUUUUCUCCCAAGUUUUUAGCCUUGGGGAGGAUAUGGGAGUGGGCAGAGAUCUAAUUCCAGGAUAGAUAUUGUUACCCCAACAGAGAUUUGUUAGCCUUACAAUUGAAUGCAUGUGCUUUUUGCUCUCUUGUUUUGUUCUCUCAUCUCACAAAGAUACUUUGCCUUAAGGAUUCCUGAGUGGAAGACAUUGUGCCUCACCCCAAACUGUUGUAUAUUUCAGCAUCUGUACUAUAGGAAAUCUGUGCAGCCUGAUUCACUAAUCUUCCUUCCAUAGGCUGUGGUGGCCUUGGAGGUUACUAGUCAGAGGAAAAUAUGAUGAGACUUUUGCCUCUUGCUUCUUCAUCUCCCCUGUCUCAAGAGGUUACAGAAUUUGGAUGCUUUAGAUUGAAUCUCAGAAAGGACUAUAUCAUUCAAAGUAGAAUGUUAUUUUUAUGCAAUUUUGCUAAAUUAACACACAUCUCAAGUGCCUUAACUUCACUAAUUUAGUUGUUUGGUGUUUCAACUUGUUGAAAUGCAUUUUUUUUUCUAUGCUAUACAAAAUGACAAGCCUUAGUGGAAUGGAUAAAUUGUGUGCCUGACUGAAUUUUGGACAAGUUUCAAUAAAAUUUUUUAGUUUAA